AUGCUCGAUUCGUCUGACCAGUACUUCAGUUACUGGGAUAGCCCCUACAACAACUUCAACUAUAGCUAUGUGAACACUGCCGUCGAUCAAUACAAGUAUAGCACUCUCGCGAUAGAUCGUCUUGGAAUCGGCAACUCUUCUCAUGGAGAGCCGUUGAACGAAAUUCAAGCUCCAAUUGAGAUUGCAGCAAUAGCGGCGCUUACGAAAAUGCUUCGGGACGGUACGUUCCCGGGGGUCAAGCAGAUCAAGAAGGUCGUUCAUAUCGGUCAUUCGUUCGGCUCCGGUCAGACAUACAAUCUUGUCAACAUGGACCCUUCAUCAUCUGAUGGAAUCGUUCUUACUGGCUUCUCCGGCAACGGGAGCUUCGUACCUGUCUUUGGGGCUGGAGCCAACUUCGUCCAGGCCAACGACAAUCAGCCUUUUCGUCUCGGCAGCAAGAUCAUGGGUUAUUCAAGCGUGACCAACGCAUACGGUGCACUCGACUACGACGCUGCUCUGCCGACUCCGCUCAACUAUCCUAACGGUUACCUUGCAAAUGCAAAUAUCAAUUCGAAUCAAUACAACUUCUUCCUGCCGAAGUUCUUUGAUCUUGGAGCCCUCGUGGCAGGAGAGCAAACGAAGCAGCCCGUGACCCCUGGAGAGCUACUUACUUUGGGGAGCGUACCGAUGAUGAAUGCAUACGCAGGACCUGUCCUUGUCAUCACUGGCCAAAACGAUGUCCCAUUCUGCGGCGGUAAUUGCCUCGCGACAGGUGACCCAAUGCUAGCAUCCAUUCCUGCAGCUGUCAAGAAGUCGUUCCCGAACGCGGGUGACAAUUUUGAAGCCUAUAUUCAACCAAAUACUGGCCAUGGGUUGAACUUCCACUACAAUCAGACAGGUACUUACGAUGUCAUCAAUUGUUUCUUGAAUGGAAAGGGCCUGGCAUCUUCCUGA